AUGGGCAACGAAGUCUCGUCUCAAAAGCAUCCCCCACCACCACUCGCCCCUCUCCCAGAGCGCACAGGCGUCGUAGCUGCAUUAUGCCAUCCUUAUGAGAUUACACUGCGACUGAAAGAACAAGUGGGCUGGUCUGGUGAUUCGUUUAAUAUCACAGACAUCAACGGCAAUCCCUCUUUCCAAGUCAAAGGACGUGCAAUGUCAUUCAAGCAGAAAAAGGUCCUACAAGACAUGAAUGGCAUUCCCAUCCUCAACUUUCGACACGAGUUUAGCUUGUUCAGAAAGUAUUCCGUCUACACUGGCGACAAACCCACACAGCUCGUUGCCACCAUCAAACCCGUCGUCUUCCUCGGCGUCACCGCAGACAUUUCGUUUACAGACAUUUCUGGCCAACAACGAAAGUUCCUCCUCAAUGGCAAUUUUUUAUCAAGUCGCGCAGAUAUUAUCGAUGAGAGGACACGCAUGGUCGUCGGUCGCAUCUCCCGUCAAAAAUGGAGCGCAAAUGACCUCCUGUGGGGUCAACAGACGUACUAUCUCACCGUUGCACCAAACGUGGAUCUCGCUCUGAUGAUUUGCAUCUGUGUCGCCCUCGAUGAAGCAAAGCAUGAGAAGUAA